CGCGGGAGGGGGAGGCUCGGCCACCCCUCCGCGAAGCCGUGAGUGGGCGAGUCCGGAGCUGCUGAGCAACUGCCGCGGCUUCCGGUUCCGUUGACAGCUGCACCGGAAACCAGAGACCCGGCUGCAGGACCAGAGCUCGGCCCGGGCAGGGAGUUGGACCCUUGCAUUCUCAGAGAAAUUUGAGGAGCCGCCCCUACUGGGGAAGUCCCUCGAACCGACACGUCCCAUCCAAUUGCGACCCGGCCGAGUUGGAGGUGGCGGCCAUGGAGCAGUGUGCAAGCGUGGAGAGAGAGGUGGACAGGGUCCUGCAGAGGUUCCUGACCUACGGGCAGCGCUGUGAGCAGAGCCUGGAGGAGCUACUGCAUCACGUGGGCCAGCUGCGGGCCGAGCUGUCCAGCACAGCCGUCCAGGGAACCCCUCUGUCAGCCACCCUCUCCCUGGUUAUGUCACAAUGCUGCCGGAAGAUAAAAGACACCGUGCAGAAACUGGCUUCGGACCACAAGGACAUUCACAGCAGUGUUUCCCGAGUGGGCAAAGCCAUUGACAGGAACUUUGACUCUGAGAUUUGCGGUGUGGUCUCCGACGCAGUGUGGGACUCGCGGGAAAAGCAGCAGCAGACCCUGCAGAUGGCCAUCCUGGAGCACUUGUAUCAGCAGGGCAUGCUCAGCGUCGCUGAGGAGUUGUGUCAGGAAUCAACACUGAAUGUGGACUUGGAUUUCAAGCAGCCUUUCCUGGAGUUGAAUCGUAUCCUGGAAGCUCUGCAUGAACAAGACCUGGGGCCAGCAUUGGAAUGGGCUGUCUCCCACAGGCAGCGCCUGCUGGAGCUCAAUAGCUCCCUGGAGUUCAAGCUGCACCGACUGCAGUUCAUCCGUCUCCUGGCAGGUGGCCCUGAGAAGCAGCUGGAGGCCCUCAGCUACGCCCGGCACUUCCAGCCCUUUGCUCACGUGCACCAGCGGGAGAUCCAGGUGAUGAUGGGCAGUCUAGUGUACCUGCAGCUGGGUUUGGAGAAGUCACCCUACUGCCAUCUCCUGGACAACAGCCAUUGGGCCGAGAUCUGUGAGACCUUUACACGUGAUGCUUGUUCCCUGUUGGGCCUUUCUGUGGAGUCACCCCUCAGUGUCAGCUUUGCCUCUGGCUGUGUGGCGCUGCCUGUGCUGAUGAAUAUCAAAGCUGUGAUGGAGCAGAGGCAGUGCUCUGGGGUCUGGAGUCACAAGGACGAGUUACCGAUUGAGAUUGAACUCGGCAUGAAGUGCUGGUACCACUCAGUGUUCGCCUGCCCCAUCCUCCGCCAGCAGACAUCGGAUUCCAACCCUCCCAUCAAGCUCAUCUGUGGCCAUGUCAUCUCCCGAGAUGCACUCAACAAGCUCAUUAACGGAGGAAAGCUGAAGUGUCCCUACUGUCCCAUGGAGCAGAACCCAGCAGAUGGGAAACGCAUCAUAUUCUGAUUCCUGCUGGGGAGGAACUUUGUUGCAAGAGGUUUUUCACCCACAAGCCUUGGUCCGUCUCGGUGGGGGUGGUUGGCUUCCAUGAACUGUGGUUCAUUUCAGAGCAGCUGAGAACUGCCACCACAAGCAGGGCUGGCCCUCUGGCAGAGGCCAAGGAGGGAGAUGAGACAGCCUACAGCAGGCAACUGGCUUCUUGACUGUAACGGCAGGGAAACUCUGGCGUCUUGUACUCCUGCUCUUUAUAUUUGCGGUUGACUUAAGUGGCAACUGACAGAAUAGCAAAGGACUUGGUGGGCACAGCAGAUGUCUUCCAUCCCUGCCCUCAAGCCAGGUCUCUUCCUGCCCCAUCAAGGCUUGUGUCCACUCCUCCCAUUGUAUAGCCUUACAGCUCUAUGUGUCGAUUCCCCACUGUAGUCUGGGAUAGAACUGAAUGCCGUUGUUUUAUAACUGAGCAAAUAUAUGCACAGGCCUUCUCCUUA